AUUUUUUUUUCCUAUUUUACAGGCAUUUCCUAUCAGGUAGGCAAGCUAAACUCAUCAGAGACACGCCAAGGAUGGAAUUGCAACAGCGGAUGCAAGGCUCCAGAACAUUGCACACUGCCACGCUGCACUAACGUGGUAUUUCCACACACGUUUAGUGGAUCUGGAACCGUAAGUAAAACCUAAGGAAUUAAAAAUUACCGUAUUUCCCCCAAUAAUAGCCGCGAGCGACUGUUCGAGGGAGGCGAUUAUUUCAAAUAUUGCUCACUAGAAGUCGUUCCCUAAAUAUUUUGUUUUUUUUAUCUAUUAAAUAAUAAUAGAAAAAUAAACACAUCAAAUAUACUAAGCAUGGGUUUUAUAAGUUUUCCAAAUAUGGUUCCUUGCAUUGGCAGGAGCAAUCCUGUUCCUUGAUUAUUUUUCAAUGUUAAUAUCCUUUGCGUUAGAGCUUGAAUCGUCACUGAUCAGUUUUGCUGGAUGAGAUUCCACUUCAGCUUUUUUUGUUAUCCAACGUGCCAAUUUUUAACUUGGCGGGGAGAGGUUGAAAGAAAGAGAAGAUAGCAAGAGGGGUGGGGGGUAGGGAGCGGUUAUUUGAGGGGGCGAUUAAUCGAGGAACGGCUAUUUUUCGAGGAAAUACAGUAGUCUAAUCUUAAGGGUUGGCGGCAACUUUCUUUUGCUAGCAGACCACAAUAAGCGUCUUUAGAAACUAAUGUUUUUUAACAAAUUUUGAUUUGCCAAUUAAAAAAAUGAGGCCUUUGUGACGUUAUGACCUGAGACAGUUUAGUGCGCAUAGGUAUGUUUAAGUGCUCCCUAAUCCCUCGGAUGCGUGUGUUUUCAGAGAAAACAAAACAAUACGAAGCAAAAAUGCCAGAGAAUUCUGACAAUAAAAAUAGGCUAGAAGACCUUUAACCCUUUGAAUGAGGUAGGGAAUGGAGGCGGGCGGGAUGCGGUCGAUUUGGAGUGGAAUUAGACUCUUUUCUUUUCAGAUUUAGUGAGAGAAGUGCACCCACACACGAGCGUGGAAGCCGCCAGAAGCGUGCGAGAAACGAGGACGGCAGUCUCGCCCUUUCAGUCACGCGCGUGGUCAGUUGCGUUUCUCGCAUGUUUUGGUCGACGGAUUAAGAAAAAAAGAGACUUCUCGUAGUCUAGGGUUGAAUUGUUGCCUGCAAAUUUUCAUUGAUGCUUAUCUUUACCUAACGCAUUUCAGGUUCGAGUCUUUGUGUCAUUAAGCCACCAAGAUCAGUCAUCAGAUGCAGUUCAUUCACCUUCCGCCGUGUGGGCAGAGUCCAUAAGUACAGCUGGAUUUCAGUUAUGCUCGCGUGCAACAGGCUCUACAAAUGACACUGGCAUUAUCAACUGGGUAGCAUUCCAGGACAAACCCAUGUUAACGCAUGGAAGCGUUACUUUUAGCGGAAUAUGGACAACAGAAACAAAGUGUGAGAAGGUGGCCUUUUCUCAGGUUAGACAACAAUAAUUGAUAACAAGUAUUUAAUUUUGUUAUAAAGGUGUAAAACGGACAUAGCAAAGUACAUUGCUAAAAGUCUUUUUAAGCUUUCUCUCGGGCUUAGUUUCAAACUUUUCCUUCCAUCGCCUUUAGAUAAGCCAUUUUCAUGUUUUACUUUGGAGGUAGUGAUUGAAUAAUGCUUGACCGUUUUGAAUGUAUUGAUGUGUUAAAGGUAAUUUGGAAAAUAAAAGUCUAUUUUUUUAAUGAUAUUAAACUUUUAGCAUUAAACUUAACACAGUUGGCCGAAAAGGAACAUUGUUGUUUGUAACUUUAUUUAAGUAAUGGGCCAAAUAAGAUGCAUUCACCAAUAUUUUCAACACUUCGUAGAAAGAGGUGAAAAAGGGGUAGAAUAUUGAGUUAAUGGGAAUAAGACAAGUAGAUUUAAUUAAUCUUCUCCCCUUAGCCUUUGAUAAAUCCUUAAUUUCAUUUAAGUGCCGCUAAGUACUUCAUGGACACGUUCCUGCUGAUUUAUCUUUCGAGAAGCUUGUUUAUUUUUCAAUCUAUAGUUUUUGAUAUAUCUAACAUUUUUUUGCAGAGCUUUGCUUCCAAGCCUCGUGUAUUUGCCUCUGUUAAGUACACUCGCAGUACAAAGCCAAAUGACGCUAUGUACUUAUGGUUAGAGAACGUCAACUCUGGAGGAUUUGAAGUGUGCUUAAGGGAAUUCUUGUCCUUUGAUGGAAAACACCAAGAUGCAGUUGUGGUAAGUGAAGAAAAAUGUCCGAGAAACUAUAGUAUUGAUGAAAACAAACAAACAAACAAAAAAACUUGACUUGCCACACUUCGGCAGCCCGGAAACCCAAUUAACCAAAACGUUUUUGACGCAAUUAAGGUCAGUGUCGUGUCUCACGUGUCUCAUGCAGUCAUUUCUUGUUAAAGGAAAUGUGGUUCGAAACCUGACGCAACUCGUCUUGUAAAGAAAAGGGUAGCAAAUUAAACAUUAUUUUCUUGUCCACAGGACUGGUUUGCAUUCACUGGAAAUGGGAGUCAACUUAAUUUCACAAUAAUUGGGGAAGAAAUCUUUCCAAACAGUGGCAAUCCAUCGGCCAAAAACAACUACGGCUUCUGUCAGGUGAAAACUUUAGUUCUAACAAGAACAUUUAGCAAGCCAAAGAACACUGAUUUUUUAGUGGUUAAGUUCACACUAAAGAAAACUUAAAAUACAGUAAACCCAAGCUUACCAGGCCAUGCUAAUCGACAUUGUAUCCAAAAUGGCAAUUCCCAGAUGAGCGCGACAUGUUUAUCUCGCGAUUUUGAUGUUCGCAUAUUUCACGAUUCUUAAAUUUCGUGACUUUGCGAGAAUUUUAUAUUUCGAAUCUCUUCAAUUUCGCGUCGUAGACAGUGGGCGAAUAUUAGAAGUGGGGACUUUACAGAAGAUGGGCAAAAAUAGAGGGAGAGGUGAGCACGUUCAGAUCCAUUUACUAACUUACAUGACUUUUUUUACCUAUUUACAGGAAGUGCCUUUCAAUACGACCUUUUACAAAUCGCCAAUUGUGAUUCUUUCCGUAAAUCAUGAGUAUAAUCUUAAGGUCAAGGGAAGUCGUCUUCCAGAAAAUAAUAUAAUAUCAGCCUGGCUAGAGGUAGGUUUGCUUUUUUAUUCUAACCUGAGAAAACAGCCCGCCCGACAUUUCGCGCGACGCCACCACUAGUUUUCCCACAAAAUGAGGAAAACCCCGAAAACCCCGUUUCACGACGCAAUUACUGGCUUUCCCGUGAAAAGACGUCUGUGGAACGAGUGUAGAAAUUCCAUACUGAUGACGUGUACUUCCCAGAUCAAGAUAGUGCUUCUGAUUGGUCAUGCUGCAAAAUAAAUUUUCUUUAACCAAUCAAAAGCACUGCAUGCCCAGAUCUGCGUAGUGACACAUCAUCAGUACGCAAUUUCUGCGCUCGUUCCUCAGACGUCUUUUCACGGAAAAGCCAGUAAUUGCGUCAUGAAACGGGGUUUUCCUCACUGGGUUAUAUUCUUGAUGGUCACUUGAGGUUAAUGAUAAUGAACAGGGAUUUUUUCAGUGCUUUGCUACAUUAUUCUAUUCAAUUGUUUGCUUGAACUCUCACGACACCUUUGAGACCCAAAAGCCCAUAUCCCUUGUUCAAUCAGGGGAGAGAAGAAAUCCGUUUAUUCUAGUAAAUUUGUAAAAGGACUGUGAAGACUGUGAAAAAGCCAUAAGAAAACAAUAAUUUGGAUCUGAUCCAUGAAUUUCAUGACUUAAAGGUAUCGUCGUAGAAAUCAAGAAGAAAUUAUGGAUUUUCUAGUAACUGAUGAGUGCUAUCACAUUUUGCUGUAGGAAGUUGGAUUAGAAUCUAUGAAGGUCUGCGUUAAAGACCUCAGUGGAUUAGGAUCGAGUCAUGAUCCCUUGAUUGUCAGCUACGCUGUUACUGGAGGUUAUUUAUAAUUUUCCUAUUGUAAUGAUCACUAUUUCUCGUAAGAACUAUUGUUAUUUUUAUUAUCAUUAUUACUAUUAUUUUUAUUGAUACCUUUUAGAAGUUCUUAUAUGUAGGAAUACAUUUCAUGACAUAAUUAAAGAAACACUGGAGUAAAAACACUGAUAUACCUUAUUCAUGUUACACUCUAUCUUUGCACGAACUUUAAGACUGGUCAUUGAUGGGAUAAGAGCAAUUAGAGGGCACACAAGUUAUAAAAUUGCCAAUACUAGUAAUCGAGUAAUCGCGGUCGGGUUUGUUUAUUCCUCAAAAAAAAAAAAAAAAAAAAAAAGACGACCAUUUUGUCACGCAAAAUGCAAAAUGUAAACUUUGACAAGUUCUACGUCACAAUUCCUUGCUGUGAAGAUUUCUACUGUCGCGUACUGUAUUCAAAAUCACUUCCACUCAUAUUUUGCCAUUUUCGUUUUUAAGGUCAAAACGUCUUAAUUUUCUAUAGUGUAGAUAAAGCAAACUCGACUGCAGUCUUGUAUUUACUGAUUUUAUCUCUUGCUUGCCCCCUGAGAAACCACGUAACAUUGCUUUAAUUUAUUCCAUCAGUCCUUAAGCGCGUACAGAGAUGGCGGGUAUCGUUAAUAAGGUCUACUAAGGAUAAAAAAAAAGAACAUUAGUUGAGGUACCUACAACCAAACAUGUUACUACUACUGAACAGUAACUUAGUUUUAAUUGAAAUAUGAAAAAUAUAUUAGACAUUUAUGUUUUUUUCCAAAUGGAUAACUACUCAAUAUUAUGUUUUUUCUUUCUUGGUACAGACCUUAAUCCUUGCCUUAAUGUGCAUUGCCCACGAUUUGGAGUCUGCAGGACCUACAGUCCGCAUGACGCUCGCUGUGAGUGCGAUGACCAAUGCCCCUCAUAUAAAGAUCCAGUGUGCACUGCAAACGGAACAACUUACGACAACCGAUGCUGGCAUAAGUUAAGCUAUUGCAGAGGACUUGAAAAUAAUCUGGUUUAUCACCCUGGAAGCUGUGAAGGUAUAACGAAAAAUAAUUUCAACGAUUUUGUUUUGGCUGUAUUUGCCACAUAAAAUACUCUGGGAGUUAAGCUCUCGAUGGCUUAGAAUUAUAGCUGUUAACGUUGGCUUAAAAUUGAUUGACUUCAAGCUAUGAUGUUUAUGACUUUUCGUUACUUUUAAGCUCGCUUUUAGCUCCUCACGCAGGCUAAACAACAACAGACAGCUGUAACAAGCUACUUCGUCUCUCUGCUUUGGCAAACAAACAUAUAGCAGCCCAGACUAUAGUCGAUGUUUGAUCUGUGUAAGAUCUUUUAUUCUCUUUUGUCUUGCAAUUUAGUUUUUAUCGCGUAAAAUUAGUUUUUCACAAAUUUGCUCGCGGCAAAUAUUGUGCAAAAAAGUGCAAAAGAGGAGGAAAUCAAAGACAAAGGUAGUAAAUAUCGCAUUUACAUACCAGUUUACAUAGAGUUGCAUAAUUGAGGGCAAAUGCAGUAUUUACUAUCUUUGCCCUUGAUUUCAUCCUCUUUUGCACUUUUUUUGUACCUUAUUAGCACUGAGUGAAUUUGCUGAAAAUCAAAUAUUUCCCGCACUGGCGCGGGCUCCCAAUAUACUGGCAUAUGUUUAUCUUUAUACUGGCAUAUGUUUAUCUUGGGCACUGAAACCAGCACGCAAUAUUAAGCAGCCACUAUACAUUUCCUUGUUGAAUGGUAGCCGACAUUACAAGUUAUAGCCUAGUUUUAGUUCCAUUUCCACGCUUUUUUUAUCACCACCCUUCUCCACUUAGAGUUGCACUACAACGCAUGCUAGGGAAGCUACGUAAGCGAUAAUGCUUAAAGAGCACAGUGAUGCUUCCUUAUAAAGUAAUUAAUUUAUUACAAAACAGGUUUUCCGAUUGUUCGGGGCCGUGUAGAUCUGCUACAGGUUCCAAAAUGGUCAGAUUCAAACUGUCAGACAGUCACAUUUCCUCCAUACCGGUUUUAUCCGGAUAAACAAGUUCAUGUUCUAAUAACCGUCAAUCACAUGAAGCUGAAUGACUCUGUGACAGUCCACGACGCUGUUACUUCAUGGACAGAAAGUAUCAACACAAAAAACUUCACCGUCUGUGUCAUGCAAACCGGGAGGAAAGAAGAAGGUGCGAAUCCAUUUGCCACCAUUGAUUGGGUGGCUUAUCAAGGAGCACCACCCGAAGGCUUGACGGGAACGGUUGAGUUGCAGAAAUGGUGGUCUGGUACCAACUGCGCAGAUGUAACCUUUCCUACGGUGAGAUGGGAAUGUACAUAUUAAAUUAAAUAAUUGAUGCAAGUUCAAUUGAGGUCUCCAUGACGAAUGUUAGACUUUCAUUCAUGUGACAUCUUUAAUCCAUGUCUUGAAAAAAAAAAACAACAACAACAACAACAACACCAAAAACAGCAAAAAGCAAAACAAAUAAAUAGUAAAUAAUUGGAAAAUUGAGUCUUGUGACCCUUAGCCUAAACAUGACAGAUUUAAUCAUGACUGGUCUGCGUAACAAAAGAAGAAAAACAUCAAGAGCGAAACUGUGAAGGAGAGACCUCCUUAACAUCCAUUUCAACAAAAUGAAGCGCUAAUCUGAUACAAAGAAGCAGCCUAUAACAACAACAACAAAACAACAACAACAACAAAAAAAAAACACAAAAUAUUUGUUUAUCUAUUUGAAUUAACUGAAUGUGGAAAGACAAGAAUUCACAUCUUAAGUUAAAGAACAUAUUAAAACUUUCCUUGAACUAAAAGAAUGAGACACAAAGUUAACAAAAAAUAAUCGAUCAUUACGAGGUAACUGGGGAGAUGAUUGCUAGAUCCUCUAAAAAGUUGUGACCGACUUAGCGACUUAGUUAACAAGACAACAUUAGGUAACAAGUAAGAAUGGGAACGUACUUAGUGGUUAGUUUCAGGUAAUUUUGCAGCUAUAUUUGAAAAAAAGCUGUUUUGAUUGUUGUUAUUGCUUUUUCUUCAGGGCAAGUUUGCCGAGGCGCCAAUAGUCCUUGUGACGUCAGAGCACCUGAGGACUGGUAAAGAGUAUGAUGCUGCUCUCAUUUGGAUUGAAGACGUAACAAAGGACUCAGUUAAAGUCUGUCUUCGUGAAAUGCAAAACUUUGACGGUAGACACCAAGACAUCACUGUGGUACGUUCUUAGUCAGAUUUUAAAAAACUGGAACGCGACUGUCCACAAAAUUUGUGAGGAAUGCUCGCCUGGUUUUGUUAAAAAUAACAGCGUUAAGAGGAAAAAGCAUUGUAAUUAAAAAUUGUCCGGUUGAUCGCGAGUGAUGAUCAGUCAAACGAAAGGCAAUGCAGAAAGAAAAACAUAAAAAGAAACGGAAAUAAUAAUAAUAAUAACAAUAAUAAUACUAAUGAAUAAUAAUAAUAAUAAUGACUAAUAAUAAUAAUAAUAAUAAUAAGAAAUGAAUUGAAUAGCAUUACGGGCGGUGAAUUUUAAAUAGCACACAAAUUGGUCUUCCUUCUCCCCAUGUCUCCCUUCACGCUCUUACGUGAUUCGCCUGAUGUCUCAAAAAAAUGUGGAUUUGCAUCCUUUUCUUGACUCUUUGCGCUCUUUGUUAUGUCACAACUUCAUAGAGUUCAAAAUACUUAGAUUCAAAGGGGCCUAAAAAUGAUGAGUUUAUUUGAAUUUUUUGUUGGUGUAAUACGAUUCUGUCACAAGACUAUGGGUGGCAUCACUUUUGUUUUUACCUCUUUUCACAGAACUGGUUUGCCUUCUCUAAACUGCACAAGCCUCUUUUCAGCGAACAUGGUGUCAUAAAUUUUCCAAAUACGAACCCACCUUUGGAUAAAAUGAACAAUGCUUAUUGCCAGGUGAGAAAAGAAUUCUUUGCAAAAGCAGUGAGUAGCAUGCUGUUCACAGCAUUUUCCCUCACAGAUAUAUCGCUUACUUACAUCACUGUUUAUAUUUUCAAAACACUUUUAGUCAUAUACACUUUACGCAAUAGAGAUCAAAGUGACUAGAAAAGUAAAGAAGCUGGUCCACUAAACAAUACUUUAAGACAAGAGGUCAAAAACUACAGACUGAUAACGUCCCUCUUAACCAUCGACAAAGUGUUUGAGCAACUGCACUGUAAACAGGUGACUGUGAAACUCGACCACAUCUUUUCUAGCCUAAGCACUGCUUAGAGAAAGGGACACAGCUGUGAGACCACUCUACUACGUCUGAAUGAGGACUGGAAGCUAGCAAUAGACAGAAAAGAGCUAGUAUGUAUUCUAUCGACUGAUAUGAGUAAAGCGUUUGACUCUCUCAGCCACUCGCCGACACUAACAAAGCUUGAAGCAUACGGUUUUGAGUCCUCAGCGGUGGACCUCCUUUAACAACCGCCAAAAUGUUCAACCCCCUGCUCUGGAACGUAUUUCAGAAUGACCUGCCCUGCUCCAUAACUACCGCUAAACUUUCGAUAUAUGUAGACGAGCACCAGUUGUACACCUCACGGACUAAUUUUACAGCUGAAAGGGAAGCCUUAGAGCAGGAAGAUCAACUUGCCGCGUCUUGGUAUCGUGAUAAUGUUCUACUCACAAAUCCUGACAAAUUCCAGGCGAUGAUCCUUUAUAAUAGAGAUAUUGACAUUGAAGGCUAA